CGUUUGGCGAGAAGCACUACAACACCAUCUCAACCAAGUGGUUGACAACAUUACCACUUACUUCAGCAUCGUCUCAUGGCUACACCUGAACUACGAGUUAGUAUCAACAGCUACCACGAUGCUCCAACACAAGGCAGCCAGACCUAUGCCAUCAUCGUCUGCAUGUUUGCGUCGCUCGGUGGCUUCUUUUUUGGCUACGACCAAGGUGUCACAUCGGGAGUUCUGAUCAUGGACUCUUUCCUUGAAGACUACUGUAUGGGCUGGCAUAACUUCACGUACGAGGACUGCACGCGGUCUUCGUCUGAUCUUCCUGGACAAUGGACGACCUUCACUGUCUGGUACAACAUGGUUUACAACCUCGGUUGUUUGGUUGGUGCUCUGAUCGGCGGCUAUGUCGCUGAUCGCUUCGGUCGCCGUGCCACGAUCUUCUCGGCCGGUAUCCUCUUCUGCGUUGGCACUUGCUGGCUGUGUCUUACUCCCUCUCAAGAACAUACGAUGAUUUACUUCGCCCGUAUCGUUCAGGGCUUCGGUGUCGGCAACUCGUCGUUCUCGCUUCCAUUAUUCGGGUCAGAGAUGGCUCCAAAGGAACUGCGUGGUCGUCUGUCCGGACUCAUGGCCAUCCCAGUCACCUUUGGUCAAUGGCUCGCUAACCUCAUCAAUAUUCUGGUUGAGAACUCCGAUCAAGGCUGGCGUAUCAGUAACGCUGUGUCGAUGAUCCCGCCUAUUAUCGUUAUGCUUGGCAUCUUCUGCGUACCAGAGAGUCCUCGCUGGACGUACCAGCAUAAGGGUCGAGAAAUGGCGCUUAGUGUACUCAAGCGCCUACGUCAAACUGACAACGUCCGCGAUGAAUUGGACGCUAUCGGAGCCCAGAUCGACGAAGAAGAGACCGGUAAUAAGGGGUUAUGCGGUCUGUGGGAGCCGUCGAUCCGCCGGCGUGUUAUCAUCGCAAUGACCAUUCAACUGGGACAGCAAGCAACGGGAAUCAACCCUAUUAUGACGUACGGCUCUAUGAUUUUCAAGGAUAUCACUGGCGCUGGUGUAUACGCAUCAUUGCUACUGAGUGGUGUCAACUGCUUGAGUUCGGGUCCUGGUUUGAUCUGGCUGGACAAAUAUGGCCGACGUUACAUGGCUCUGAUCGGUGCUGUGGGCAUGGUUAUCGGUCACCUCUUUGCAGCUAUCUUGUUCUCUGCAGUGUGCGACGGCAACGUCGACGACGCUGGUUGUCCUACGGUUGGAGGCUGGUUUAUCUGUAUUGGCACGGCGUUCUUCGUCUUCAGUUACUCCGUCUCGUGGGGAUCUCUGCCAUGGAUCUACUGCUCGGAGAUCUUCCCACUCAAUGUUCGUGCUUCUGCUGUGUCCUUGUCGACGGCUGCGAACUGGGUGGGUGGCUGCGUCAUGACGGAGGUCGUGAAACUCUUUCCGUACUUGAAUAUCAACGGCGUCUUCUUCCUAUUUGCUGGCCUCGCUGUGUGCUGUGGUGUAUUUAUCUACUUCUUCUGUCCAGAGACCAAGGGCAUUUUGUUGGAAGAUGUUGAGGCUCUCUUUGACCGUGGUUAUUACAGCACCACCACGUCUCCGUCGUUUGUCGAGGUCAAGACUCCCGUGGAGCGUAAAAGCGCUAUCCAACUUGCUUAGUACGAGCGACGCAACACUACGCGUGACCUGUGACAACUUGCUUAAACUGAACUAAAAACAUGUACAUGACUUUUCAAUUUUUGUCGAAUGAUUGACAACCAAAGUGUCGACUGUCGAAAACCCAUCAUCUGUGCGACCAGCGAGAGUAUCUUCAAAGCAACGGCCAAUGCAGGU